AUGAACGAAGAACGACCAGUCGUAAUAAACUCGCUGAUUUGUUUCAUCAACAACUACCGAGAUGAGGCCAAUUUGGAGCAGUUGUUGGACUACUUUCCGGCCGACUCGCACCGUGUCGCGUACCAAACACUUCUGGAGCUGGUACAAACCAGAAUAAAGUUUGAGGAAAAGCCGAGUUUGAUCAGAUUAUUCGACAUAGUCAGCAGCAACCCUAAAGCCCCCAUUUUCGCGACCUCUGACUUGACCGUUCUUCCUGUCAGCUUGAACCACGAGAAGGCCCCCAAGCUCUCCAAGGACCUCUUCACCGAGAUCCACCAACUCCGACUCAUGUUCCAGAACGCAAUCGACCGGAACGAGGAGGAGGCGAUGUUUAUGUCAAAGUAAGAAUACCGUAACGUUGUUUUAAAAUGCGGUAGAAGGAGGUGAUAGGGCAGAGACCUUGAGCCCGAAACUGAGGGUUAAAAUAAGGUUGUGGUUGUACUUAACUACUCACUGAUGCGAUCGGAAGAUAAGUAAACGGCAGAGGAGGGAACCGAGAUAGCAAGGUUAAUCAGUUUUGGUUGUAACAUAAUUAUAAUCCCAGCCACCCUCCCCCCCCUCGGCUUGAGUAUUCCCCACUACUCGGAACGUUGUAAUCGUUAUAAGACGGAAGGGAGAGAAACGUUUAGACAGGUGCACUUUUUCCUCAGGUCGCCGCCAAUCUCCUUUCCUCUCCGUUUCUUACCGUAACCCUGCAGUGCCGCUCGACGAGUCACCUAUCUUGCGCAUAAAUUAGAGGAGUUGCGCAACAUACUUCGAACGAGUUUGAAAUGCAAAAAAAUUGUUUACAAUCUUGUAAAUUUAAACUUAAUAUUGUAAGUUUAAGUUUCAAACAAAUAUUUACAAAAACACUUUCAGACAACAACAACGUCAAUGUCCCCAAUCAUGUUCUCCGAAACAUGAACAAUUCACUGAAGACGAAGAAAUGUCUUCUCCAUCUUCUGACCUUCCCCAAUCCCAAACUGGCUCACCCGCUAGUCCAUCUUCUAGUCAAUUCCACGUAGAUGCAUUACUUCAAACUCAAAAUUCGAAAAAGAAAACUGAUGGCAACCGACUAGAUCAAGCUGUCAGAAGGAUCACGGACCGUCUUGGAGCCAAAAUGUUUGAAGAAAUGGACAGUAGACCGACAAGCACCAGUAGCAGCAAUAGUGCGAAACGAGAAGACGAUGUUUCAACAGAAACUUCACAAGAGAACUCAAAGAACAACCUUCUGAACAACAACAACACCAUCCCUCCCAACUUCAUGAAUCUGUUGUCCCAGCCCAUCUUCCAGAAUUCUACAUUUAUGGGACAUUUGCAACAUCUACAACUAAGCACGAAUCCCAUGGCUCUUCAACUAAUGCAAAACUUGGCCAGAAACUACCAACAACAAGUUCAGAACACCAAACUGGUUGAGGAAACAGAGUAAGUUAUUCUUUGUAAACUGGACUAAUAUAAUAUAUACUGUUUCUCUUAUGACACAACAUAUAUACUAUUUUUCUUAUGACAAGCUUAAUCAAACCUGAGUCUUGUCUUGUUUUCCCACUUUUUAUUGUAACGUGAAGCACCAAGUUGUGAUGUUCUUACUUCUAGAAGCUUUCAAUUGCGGAAAGUGCUCUCAAUUUAAAAUUAGGGCAAGUGGUGACAUUCGGAUGGAUCGCUGUUUUAUCAACCUUGAUAACUCUCUUUUCCCGUAAUAACUCUCUCCGUAUCCGACCUAACUCUUCCGAUUUGAUUAGCCUAACUCGCGUGAUUUCAGCUCCGAGAAUAUCUCCGUCGGCACUCCAGAUGAGGUCGACCAGAAGCCCUGUCUUCAGCUCAGCCCAACCUCAUCAGAAGCCCGUACGGUGGACGAGAAUCAGGAAAAGCCGUUUGCGUGUACGUUGCCAAGUUGCAAGAAACGAUUCGCCAACAAGUUUCUCUUGAAAAAGCAUCAGUUCAUUCACACAGGCCUCAGGCCACACGAGUGUCCUUACUGCAAGAAACAGUAAGUACUUAAAAUAUCAUGGGUAAUGCCACUUUAACGAUCAACACAUCAUUGCUUUUACAAAAACAUCCCAAUUUCUAUGAUUAAAAACGUAAUGAGUAAUCGGUCUACAGUAUUUCGAGUGAAAACUCUUUCUAUUUGCUCAAACACCUAACAGAAACAAACUCCGUAUUUCUGACAAUUUAAACUUGAGUAAGAUGUAUAUUACUUUAAAAUCUAACAAGUGAAGCAAAUAGUCUAAUUACCUUUUAAAUUGCAAAGCAAUAACCUCACUUUUCAGGUUCAACCGCAAAGACAACCUCUUAAGGCAUAAGAAAACCCACAUCAACAACAGUGUAUCGUACGCCGGUAGAAGACGACAAAACAUGUUGUAUGGUGUAUCGGAAGAUGCGGCCGCCCGGCUCAACAACUUCCCCUUCCUCAGCGAGCUUAUGACACGUAAUGUAGAUGCCAAUGACAAUAUCGCUCUCAACUAA